GCGUUACCAUUCCGUGUAGCCUCACAGGUAUUAUAAGCUAGUUUCUGUGUCAUGACUUUAGCUCCGAGUUGCGUUUUCAAACUCCAUAAUGCGGCGUUACAUACGUGCACUCGCGCUGUGCACGGUGUUUGCCGUGUUUUCGGGCCUGUAUGUUUACAGUAAGCUUUUUUACGCGGACGUUUCGGUCGGAGGAAACGGACCGAAGAGGGUUUUCAUCCCACCCAGAGUGCCCGGAGCCGGGCGAGGGGCCGCGGAGAAAACUGGGCCCCAAAGCCCACACUGGUACAAUAGGUACAUCAUGCGUCAGCGCGGUCAGGUGGAGGCUGGCGGCGCUCCGAGCAGACCUGAGCCUCCCAUGCACCUGGCCGUGGUGGCCUGUGGGGAGAGGCUGGAGGAGACUCUCACCAUGAUCAAGUCUGCCGUGCUUUUCAGCCUCAGACACCUCUACCUGCACAUCUUUGCUGAAGAUCAGCUACACGCCAGCUUCAUGGAAGCUCUGGAGUCGUGGCCUGGCUUUAUUCGCUCCAGGUUCAACUACACAGUCUACUCCAUCAGCUUCCCCAGUGAGAACGCAGCCGAGUGGAAGAAACUCUUCAAACCCUGCGCUUCUCAGAGGCUCUUUUUACCUUUGAUCCUGAAGGACGUCGACUCGAUCGUGUACGUCGACUCGGACAUUCUCUUCCUGCAGCCUGUAGACCGACUGUGGGCGUUCCUGUCGCAGUUUAAUUCCUCUCAGCUGGCGGCCAUGGCCCCCGAGCACGAGGAGCCCCGCAUCGCCUGGUACAACCGCUUUGCCCGCCACCCCUUCUACGGCAGGACGGGCAUCAACUCGGGGGUCAUGCUCAUGAACAUGACGAGGAUGAGGAGCACGUUCUUUAAGAACGAUAUGACGUCUGUGGGGCUGCGCUGGGAGGAGCUGCUGAUGCCUUUACUACAGAAAUACAAACUCAACAUAACCUGGGGCGACCAGGACCUUCUCAACAUCAUUUUCCAUCACAACCCUGAGUCGCUGCUGGAGUUUCCAUGCCAGUGGAAUUAUCGUCCAGAUCACUGUAUCUAUGGCAGUAACUGUGCCUCGGCUGAGGAGGACGGCGUCUACAUACUGCAUGGAAACAGAGGGGUUUACCACGACCACAAGCAGCCCGCCUUCAGAGCUGUUUACGAGGCCAUACGACAGUACUCAUUUGGUGCAGACCCAGUGACUGCUCUGUUGGAUCCUCUAGAGGAGGAGCUGCUGAAGACAACACACACUUAUUGUGGUAAAUCCCACACACUCUUCACUAAGAGACUGGCACACAGCCUGGUAAAUAUCAACAGGAAGGCUCCACGUGGACGAUGACAGAAAUGAAAUAUGAGAUGGGAUAGAGGCCAAAAGGAUUUUUACAAGCUCAACCACCAAGAUAAGGAACACAGUUUAUUGUGUAUUUGCUGUUCGAGAAAUCUGAGUCUUGUGAUCUUGUAAGCUGACUGAAGCUAGCCUGCUUUGAACGGCAGGCAACCACAAAAACCUGGUUAACAAGUUGUUAACUGGCAGACUGUUCGAAAACAGUGAUCCUAUCACUCUGACACUGGAAUGCGUGGAGUUGUUUUGCUAACUUUGGUGAACAGUUGCGUAAUGAUGGCCAGAUUUCCAUCCAAAUGUUGCUCAAAUUUGAGCCGAAUUUCAAGAAAGUCUGAAAAAGAAAAUAUGAAUUAAUGCACAUUCCCAUCCACUAGCAUUAUGGAAAUACCAGGAGUUAGCUCACUGUGGCAGGUGGCGCUGAUUCUCCAGUCAUUUGUUUCAUGUAUUAAUUUGAUGAACAUUAUUAUACUGCCACCAUUUUUCAUCUCCUCAGUGAAGCAGAAUUUUUCAUGUAUGUCUUGAUUUGUUUGCGAAGUUUGUUUCCAUUGCACUUAGUCACAUUUUACUUUUAGCAUUGCAACAACUUCUCCACCUCAGUGAAGCAUGAGAACGCUUUCUGCGAUAUUGUGAGAUUUUUCUAAAUGCAGCAGUCGUACUAAACUUUGCUGCUAAUGUAUAUAUGGAUUUUUUUAUUAUGACACUUUUAUAUUUUACAACUGGGUUUUUUUUUUAAAUCAAGCAUCUAGUCUCUUCCUCGAAAUAAUUUUCUGACUGAAGGUGCGACAGAAACAUAAAAGUUUGACUUUCCAUAUUGGAGAAUUUAUUAAACCCUGUGAAACACUCUUAUUAAAAGAGACAAACCAUAUCAGAACAGGAUGAAAGGCUUUCUGCAGGGCCUGUGUUUUGAGAGAUGUGUGCACUGGACCACUUUUUCUGCCUUCAGAAACCACUCAGUAACAUGGAGGAACAGUCCUUUAAGAGAAAUGAGGGUGAAGUCAUAUUAUUUGAAUGUUCAGACAUCAGUGCAGUGAUUAUGCAAAUUCAUUCUCCAUUUAUUUUCUAAGAUGGCAGAGGUGGAGCGUAUGAAUCCUCUGUGAGAGCCUGGGUAAACAUUAGAUCUGUUCUUUGUUAUUUUCUGUGUUACACAGGUUACCUUGACCUGGAGUGGUACAAUGUCAGUUUUACAGUCUCUGUUUUUGUGACUCUACACACCAGUUUGUUUUUAUUACAACAGUUAACUCUCAUACUUUUCAUGUGUUGCUGAAUAAUUAGAUAUUAUGUUCUCCUUUAUAAAAGGAUGUGUUGUGUCAAUCUAGACACGUAGAUGUACUGAGUAUAGCUGGCAAACAUUAGCAUACAAAUGCUAAUGAACAUGUGAAUAAGCUACAAGUUCUCUCCUGAUGCCAAAGUUUAUGUUUUACUACUAUAAUUGUGGUUUUUGCACCGCUGAAUGUAUUUCAAACACAAAGGGUUGAAAUGUUAAAUAAUGCUACAACUGUCAGUGCUUACUUUAGGUUGUAAAAUAAGGAUAUCCUUUUUGACUAACUAUGUUUACUUGUUUAUAUGUCACUGCGUUAAAAAUGAAAUUGCAGUAUCUUUUUUUUUUUUUUUUACAUUAAAGAUCAUUUCAGUUUUGUAGAAUUUGUG